GCCUCUUUUCUUUUCUUACCACCUCCAGCUCCAGCUCCAUCGUUUUACCGCUUGUUACUGCUACCUCCGUUCCGUGGUGGUCAUGGCGGCUUGCCUCUCCCCCACGCUCCCUCGCCAGGCCAUCCACCGUCGCCGGUGCUGGACCCCCAAGCCUUCCUCCUCCCCCUCCACGGCCACCUACAACCAGCGCCACCGCUGCCGGAACAUCGGAACUAGCUCCGGCGCCAUCUCUGCCCGCGCCUCCCCUGCGGCCCCUGUCACCCAGGGCCUUGACGCCGAUGAUUUCCGCCACCCGCUCGACAAGCAGAACACUUUGCUGCUCAAAGCAAUUCCAGGGCUCAAUGAUAUAGGCAAGGCUUUGCUAGGGCCGGUUUCUGAGCAAGUUAUGGUUCUUCAAAACAUCGGAUCGUCCGUUCUCGUCUCUGAAAACCAGUUGCCUGAACUUCACCAGCUUAUGACCGAAGCUGCGAAAAUCCUGAACACGGAAGCACCCGACUUCUACAUACGGCAAAACCCUGUCCCUAACGCUUACACCUUGGCGAUAAAUGGGAAAAGGCCGUUCGUCGUCGUCCACACGAGCCUCGUGGAGCUGCUCACUAGAAAGGAAUUGCAGGCUGUUUUGGCACAUGAGCUGGGUCACCUCAAGUGCGAUCAUGGAGUCUGGCUUACCUUUGCCAACAUACUAACAAUGGGGGCAUACACUGUCCCUGGUUUGGGUAUGGUUGCCGGGUUCCUUGAAGAACAGCUGUUCAGGUGGCUGCGAGCCGCGGAGCUGACCUGCGACAGGGCGGCUCUUCUCGUAGUACAGGACCCCAAGGUUGUCAUCUCAGUCCUGAUGAAGCUCGCGGGAGGAUGCCCGUCCCUGUCGGACCAGCUCAACGUGGACGCCUUCCUGGAGCAAGCCCGCUCCUACGACAAGGCCUCGUCGAACCCGGUCGGGUGGUACAUCCGGAACGCUCAGACGAGGGAGCUGUCGCACCCUCUGCCCGUGAUGCGAGCCCGCGAGAUGGACGAGUGGUCGCGGAGCCAGGAGUACAGGACCCUGUUGCAAAAAAUGUUUCGUCUAUCCACUCUUCGUUGUGUGGUGGUGGACAUCGAGGGCACCACCACCCCCAUCUCCUUCGUCGCCGACGUGCUCUUCCCCUACGCGCGCGCCAACGCCCGCGCCCACCUCGCCGCCACAUACCACACCCAGCAGACCCGGGAAGAUGUCGCCCUACUCCGCGCACAAAUCGACGAGGAUCUGGCAGAGGGGGUCACCGGCGCCGUCGCACUCCCACCGCCCGACGACAUCGACCAGGACAAGACCAUCGAUGGCCUGGUGGCCAACGUGCAGGCCAUGAUCGACGCGGACCGGAAGCUCACGGCGCUCAAGCAGCUGCAGGGCCGCGUGUGGCGGCGGGGCUUCGAGAGCGGCGAGAUCAAGGGGGAAGUCUACGACGACGUCGUCCAAGCUCUCGCGGAGUGGGACGCGAAUGGCAUCAAGAGCUACAUCUACUCCAGUGGCAGCAGGGAGGCGCAGCGGCUCAUCUUCGGCAACACCGCUGCCCACGGUGACCUCCGGCGAUACCUCUCCGCCUUCUUCGACACCAACGUCGGUGGCAAGAAAGAGUCUCGCAGUUACUACGAGAUCUGGCAGACUCUCGGCGUCGACAGCCCGUCCCAGAUACUCUUCCUGACCGAUGUCUACCAAGAAGCCACCGCCGCAAGGGAUGCAGGUCUUGAGGUGCUAAUAUCGAUCAGGCCUGGAAACGCGCCGCUUCCUGAGGAUCACGGCUUCCAGACCAUCACGUCGUUUGCUCAAAUCGCCACCUGAAUGCCACAGAGAGCUCACCCCUGCCAUAUGUGCACAAGAGUAUCAUUUAUAAAGGGAAACCAUCUGAUCUCAAAGCUCUCUUUUUUUUACCGUGUACACUAGAGCAGUUGCAACUCAUUAAGUUGCAACCACAAGAGUCGGUACAAUUGUCUCAAGCCCUUGUGUAAAACCAUGACUCGCUAUCAGCAGGUUUCCUAAAAGCAAACACAUGUGGGUAUUUUAUCAAAACCCUGGUACUGAAAUUCGUCCAUGAAAUAUAAGGUAUUGAGUGAUUUUA